UACAAUUACUCACUAUCCAGUAGCUUCACCAUCAACUACAAUUUUACCAAGAGUCUUACCAUCAAGAUCAAAUCAAACAUCUAAUGUUUCACCAGCUACAACAAUUCAACCACCAAAUUCAUCAAGUUCAAAUCAAUCAUCAAAUAUCCCACCAACAACAAACCAAUCAUCAAAUAUUACAAAUCAACCAAUAAAUACUUCAUCAAUGAAUUUAAAUCAAUCAUUAUCAAAUCCACCAUCUCUUAUUACAAAUCAAGCAACAACCGCUAGAUUAUUGAAUAGUGUACCUAUCUCAAUCAACAAUGAUAAUAUUAAUACAACAAUUCCACAAUUUACACAAGAGUCAAUAAGAAAAGAGUUGGAAAAAGAAAAUUAUUAUAGAGCAAUGUAUAAAUAUCUUGAAGAAACAAGACUUCCAGACAAUGCACAAGCAGCAAGAAGAAUUUUGUUGGAGUCUGAAUUUUAUUCAAUGAUUAAUGGAUUUCUUUGUCACGGUUUAAAACAUACUUUAUCAAGUAAGAAAUCUCAUUUUAAACAUCUUCAAAUUGUAGUUCCAAAAACUAUGACUAAAUGGAUAAUGGAAAUAUUUCAUGAUUCGCCACUUACUGGAGGACAUUUUGGAUUAUUAAAAACUGUUGCAAAAAUCAAAGAAAGAUUCUAUUGGAUUGGUAUGAUUAAGGAUAUAAAAGAAUUUAUCGAUAAAUGUACAACUUGUUUACAAAUUAAAAGAAAGUAUGGUCCAAAAGAAGGUUUACUCAUUCCAAUUGAGAUUGAACCUGAACCAUUUAAUACAAUUGGUAUUGAUUUUAUUGGUCCAAUUACAAAAGAUAAUGCUCAACUCAAUUAUUGUUGUAUGAAAUCUAUACUAGAUAUGGGGUUCCAAAGAAGUUGGUUUCUGAUCGUGGUAAGAAUUUUUUUAAGUAAUGUAGUCUCUGGUGUUAAUAAAUUAUUCGGUGUUCACAAAUUAACAACUACUGCUUAUCACCCACAAUGUGAUGGUCAAACUGAAAAUUUCAAUAAUACAUUAAUUAAGAUGCUCAAAGCUUUUAUUGGUAAUGAAUUGUAUGGCAAUUGGGGUGAAUUAUUAAGAUGUGUUUUAUACUCAUACAGAAUUACACCACAUGUUUCAACUGGUUUUUCACCCUUUUUCUUACUUUUUAAUCGUCAACCAACUUUACCAUUAGAUACAACUUUAAAUGUAAAUUUUUAUUCAAAUUCACUAAGAUUAGAUUUCGCUGAUAAUUAUGCACAAUCCGUAAAUAAUAAUCUUAAACGUGCCUUUUGGUUUACAAAGAAUAAUCUCGAUAAAGCUCAAGAAUUACAAAAAACAAAUUAUGAUAAAGGUCGUCGUCCAACAAAUAUUCAAACAGGUGAUUUUGUUUAUUUACAUACACCAUAUUCACAAACUUCUAUUGGUCCAAAGAAAUUCUAUAAACCUUGGAGAGGUCCUUUUAAAGUUCAAGAAAAAGUUAGCGAUGUUACAUUCAAAUUAGAUAUGGGUAAUCUUAGAGAUCAUAAAGUAGUCAAUAUUGAAAGAUUGAAAAAAAUUUUCAACUAA